ACUAACUCGCUAAAAAAACGCUAAACAGAAAACAGUAUUCAAACCUUUUGAACUCUGCCCUGGGAGUCAGAAGGUCUUCAUUUAGAAGAACUAUGACGCCUCAUGAUGAAAGCCGAAUUCCUUCGGAAGUUACGAGGCCGAUGCACACUCUGACAACCAGAGCAACCAUUUAUUUAGGUACAUGGAGUACUCGUACAAUGUGGGACACCGGCAGAGCCUUCCAAAUUGCUGCAGAAAUGAGAAGAUACAACCCAGAGGUGCUUUGGAUCAGUGAAACAUAUUGGACACAAGUUGGACAACAACGACUAACUACAGGAGAGCUCCUGUUAUACUCCGGCCAUGAAGAAGAAAACGCACCACAUACACAAGGAGUUGCAUUGAUGCUGUCCAAACAAGCACAAAAUGCACUUAUAGGAUGGGAAUCUCAUGGACCAAGGAUCAUCAAAGCCUCGUUUAAAACAAAGAAAGAGGGCAUUUCAAUGAACAUCAUCCAAUGCUAUGCGCCUACCAACGACUACAAUGAAGAGGCUAAAGAUCAAUUCUACAAUAGGCUGCUGUCAAUCAUCGAGAAGUGCCCAACAAAGGACCUGACCAUUCUGAUGGGAGAUUUCAAUGCCAAGGUUGAAACGGACAACACUGGAUAUGAAGACAUCAUGGGACGACAUGGACUGGGAGAAAGGAACGAAAAUGGUGAGAUUUGCAAACCUAUGUGCCUUCAAUAAACUGGUCAUAGACGGCACCGUAUUCCCACAUAAACACAUUCAAAAAACGACAUGGACUUCACCGGAUCACUCUACACAAAACCAAAUCGACCAUAUCUGCAUCAGCAAAACGUUCAGGAGGACGAUGGAAGACGUGAGAACCGAGAGAGGAGCUGAUAUAGCAUCAGAUCAUCACUUGCUGGUCGCCAAGAUGAAAUUGAAACUCAAGAAGCACUGCACAACGGGGCGGACAACAUCACAAAUGUUCAAUACGGCCUUUCUUCAGGACACUAACAAACUCAACAAAUUCAAUAUAGUCCUCAGCAAUAAGUUCCAAGCCUUUCAUGAUCUACUCAAUGGAGAAGGAACUACUAUGGAGAGAAACUGGAAGGGGAUCAAAGAGGCAAUCACUUCAACAUGUCAUGAGGUCCUGGGCUACAAGAAGCACUACCACAAGGAAUGGAUCACUGUUGAUACACUGGAUAAGAUUCAAGAAAAGAGGAACAAGAAAGCAGCAAUCAAUACCAGUCGAACAAGAGCAGAAAAAGCCAAGGCACAAGCUGAAUACACGGAAAUAAACAAACAAGUGAAGAGGAGCAUCAGAACCGACAAACGUAAAUAUGUGGAAGAUUUAGCAAUGACGGCGGAAAAGGCUGCAAGAGAAGGGAACAUGAGACAAUUGUAUGACACGACAAAGAAACUCUCUGGAAAUCGCCGCAAACCAGAACGACCAGUCAAAAGCAAGGAGGGCGAGAUAAUCACCAACAUUGAAGAGCAACGAAACAGGUGGGAAGAACACUUCAAAGAACUCUUGAAUCGACCAGCUCCACUGAACCCACCCAACAUCAAAGCAGCACCCACGGACCUCCCAAUCAAUGUUGGCCCACCAACAAUUGAAGAAAUCAGCAUGGCCAUCAGACAAAUCAAGAGUGGCAAAGCAGCAGGACCAGACAACAUUCCAGCAGAGGCACUGAAAGCAGACGUAGCGGCAACUGCAAGGAUACUCCACAUCCUCUUCAAUAAGAUUUGGGAUGAGGAACAAGUACCAACAGACUGGAAAGAAGGACUUCUAAUCAAAAUACCGAAGAAAGGCGAUCUCAGCAAGUGUGAUAACUACAGGGGCAUCACUCUUCUCUCAAUACCCGGAAAAGUCUUCAACAGGGUAUUGUUAAACAGGAUGAAGGACAGCAUAGACGCCCAACUUCGAGACCAACAGGCAGGAUUCCGUAAGGAUAGAUCGUGUACAGACCGAAUCGCAACUCUACGGAUUAUUGUGGAACAAUAAAUUGAGUGGAAUUCUUCACUCUACAUCAACUUCAUUGAAUACGAAAAAGCAUUUGAUAGCAUGGACAGGACAACACUAUGGAAGCUUUUUCGAUACUACGGCGUGCCUCAGAAGAUAG